GUUGUUGAGGAGAAACCCAAUGGGUGCACUUGGAUUUUCUAGACAAAAACAAUCUGUAAUGAAGAUUGUUGAAUCUUCAGAUGGUCGUCCUUGUGAGAUGGGUGUGGUAGCUGCUACAAGGAGCGGAGAAGUUCUUGGAAGUCAAACUGUUUUAAAAAGUGAUCAUUGUCCGGGUUGUCAAAAUCUUAAUUUACCGGAUAGAGUGGAUGGUGCCCCUAAUUUUCGAGCAGUCCCUGGUUUUCCAGUUUAUGGCGUGGCCAAUCCCACGGUGGAUGGGAUUCGAGCUGUUAUUCAAAGGAUUAGUGGAAAUAGAAGCUAUCGGCCAGUUUUGUGGCAUAACAUGAGGGAAGAGCCAGUUAUCUAUAUAAAUGGAAAGCCUUUUGUGCUACGUGAGAUGGAAAGGCCAUACAAAAACAUGUUAGAAUAUACGGGAAUAGAUCGUGAUAGAGUGGAAAGAAUGGAAGCCCGUCUAAAGGAGGACAUUUUGAGGGAAGCAGAUCGCUAUGGUGGUGCUAUAAUGGUAAUUCAUGAAACUGAUGAUGGGCAAAUUUUUGAUGCAUGGGAGCAUAUAAAUGCUGACUCUGUUCAGACUCCAUUAGAGGUCUUCAAACAAUUUGAGAUGGAAGGCCUUCCCAUCAAGUAUGCACGUGUGCCUAUAACUGAUGGAAAAGCUCCCCAGAGUUCUGAUUUUGAUGCCAUAGCAGCAAAUGCUGCAUCUUCUUCCAAAAAUACUGCUUUUGUUUUCAAUUGUCAGAUGGGUAGGGGUAGAACAACCACGGGGACUGUGAUAGCUUGCCUUCUGAAACUACGAAUUGGUUAUGGGAGACCUAUUAAAAUGGAAUCGGAAGAUGUUUCCAAUCGGGAGUCAGAUGGUGAUUUACUCAGUGAUGUUACUUUUGGUGAUAGUGUUUCAUUAGUGUCAAAUGUAGCAAAAUCCAGAAGCGGAAAGGAACUUCAUCGUGCUUUUGGAAUAAAUGACAUUCUCUUAUUGAGGAAGAUUACUAGAUUGUUCGACAAUGGAGCAGAGUGCAGAAAGGUUUUGGAUGCUGUUAUUGACAGAUGUUCGGCUCUACAAAACAUACGCCAGGCAGUUCUGCAAUAUAGGAAAGUAUUCAAUCAACAGCAUGCAGAGCCUAGAGUAAGGAAGAUGGCUUUACACCGUGGUGCAGAGUAUCUUGAACGCUACUUCAGGUUAAUUGCUUUUGCAGCAUACCUUGGAAGUGAAGCAUUUGAUGGUUUCUGUGGGCAAGGAGAAACUAAGAUCACAUUCAAAGCUUGGUUGCAUAGGAGACCAGAGAUUCAAACUAUGAAAUGGAGCAUUAGGUUACGUCCAGGGAGGUUCUUCACAGUUCCGGAGGAGGGUAGGGUACUACAUGAAUCUCAGCAUGGUGAUGUCGUGAUGGAUGCUAUAGUUAAGUCUCGCAGCGGUUCAGUUUUAGGAAAGGGAUCUAUACUGAAGAAAUACGUUUUUCAUGGGCCAAAAGCAUCAGGCAGCUUUGAUUUACUAGGUGCACCAAACGUGUACAAGGUGGAUGCAUACCCUGUUUAUAGUAUGGCAACCCCAACUAUUGACGGCGCGAGGGCUAUGCUUGACUAUUUGGGUGCCAAGUGGACAGGAAAUGGACGUACUCCCCCAAAUGUUCUUAUAACGGAUUUGAGAGAGGAAGCUGUUAUCUACAUCAAUGGCUUACCGUAUGUUCUUAGAGAAUUAGAUCGGCCAGUUGAUACGCUUAGAUAUGUUGGUAUUAGUGGGCCUUUGGUAGAAAGCAUAGAGUUGAGGAUGAAAGAGGACAUAAAUUCUGAAGUUGCCCAGUCAAAUGGCCAAAUACUUCUGCAUCAAGAGGAAUUUAAUCCAGUUAGUAACCAUUGUAUUGUUAUCGGGUUUUGGGAGCAUCUCUUGUUAAAUGAUGUCAAGACACCAGCUGAAGUAUAUGCUGCUUUGAGAGAUGAAGGAUACAACAUAGAUUAUAGAAGGAUACCUUUGACUAGAGAAAGAGAACCAUCUGCUGCAGAUGCCGAUGCUAUAAAACACUAUAAAAAUGAUUGUGCCAGGUAUCAUCUUUUCGUUUCACUUACAGGAUAUGGAGGGGUUGCAUAUGCAAUGGUUAUCAAAUGCCUUGGACUAGAUGCAAAUGCAAAGUUUUCGUCAGGAGCAUCUGAGAAAGCAGAAACAUUUAUUUCUUCAGCACUAUCCAGAAAUAGUUUUGCUUAUCGGACUGUUGGUGAAGAAGCACUAAAAUAUGGGGAUUAUAGUGAUAUAUUAAGUCUCACCAGAGUUUUGAUCCAUGGGCCAAAGUGCAAAGCAGAGGUUGAUGCUCUCAUAGAAAGGUGUGCUGAUGCUGGGAAUUUACGGGAUGAAAUUCUGUACUACAGGAAUGAGCUACUGAAUUGUUCAAGUGAUGAUGAUGAAACUCGGUCAUACAUUAUGGAUAAGGGCAUUAAAGCGCUAAGAAGAUACUUUUUCCUAAUCACCUUUCGCUCCUACCUAUACUGUGCAUCUCCACAUGAAACAAGAUUUGCAACCUGGAUGGAAGCUAGGCCUGAGCUCGGCCAUAUCUGUGAAAACUUGAGGUUGGAGAGAUGAGAUCUGCCAAUACAGUGACAAACGAGGGGCCUUUACUGUAAAGCAAUAGAUCAGUGAAUUUAAAAUAAUAACCCCCUGAACUUUUUAUACGGGUUAUUAUCAUGUAUAGUCUGUCCUCUUUAUAGGGUAACUUUUAUUUCCUUUACAUGGUGAUAAAUGUACUUAGCCUACCUUUUUGUUUUUUCGGUCGUGUUUGAUUUUAUUAUGCAGUUUUAUAUUAGGCAUUCAAUCAUUCGAAGGGUAUCGCUAUCUCGUUAAGGAUUGCAGAAAUAAUGGUUGCAGCUUUAAACUUAGUUGAAAAUUCUUCUUCUUUA